UUGUAUCUGUUGCGAGGCGAAAGGUAUGAACUCGUCUCUUCCUUUGUUAAUGAUAUUUUGGCAGUGACUGUUGCGGUAUAUUAAAGGUUAUCGAAGUAACAGGGUAAAGUUGUAUCGAAACAAUUUUGUUAAGUUCAACGACUUUGUGGUAGGGAAUUGUGGUUUUAGGUUUUUAACUUCCUGUGACUGUUAAUCUGUAUGUGGCACUUAUUCCGGAUAGUCUCGUUCUUGAGUUUCUGAUUCCAUGUGAAAUGCUCCUGUUUGCUGUGCCAUUCAUCGUCGGCCUAUUCUGCAUUCCCGUGAAUGAAUCGGCGUCAUUAUUGCAACGGAACCAGAUACGUCGAUUGCGCAGUGGUACUGCAGAGCAGAUUCCAAAGCUGCGUGAAUGUCCCACCGAUGCUAGUCCAUUUAUAACGAAAUGCACCAAAAACUCAAAGAUGGACUGCUACUGCAUAGUAUCCAAACGAAUGGACAGAGCAGGCGCAGAGAAGUUUUGCCACGAUAAUGAAAUGCAUCUCGUGACACUCGAAACUGAGACAGAAAAUAACUAUGUCAAUAAUUUAGCCAAGGAAAACAGGGACGCGAUAGAUAAUCAAUUUUGGACUUCGGGCUUCAAUGUCAACUUGAAUCCAUCCAACUGGGUCUGGGAUUAUUCCGGUCUGCACCCUGACAAGCCCUUCGAGUACACCAAUUGGUGUGCCAAUGAACCAAACAAUUUCGACAGGAGCGAGCAUUUUGUCGCUGUCAUCAAUGACUGUUGGCAUGACGUGCCUGGUGGAAUCCGUUGGCCAUCCAUAUGUAAAUUUCAAGCAAAUAUUUUCGACCCCGUUCUGAAAGAUCAUCAAUUCUUUUUCACACAUCUUGGUGAAAGAGAACUUAUUAUUCCCUGCCGUCCAAGUGCAGCAUUUUAUACCGGCGCACGUGUGGAUAUUUCAAAGUACAUCAACGACACGCAAGUCUCUGUUCAGAUCGUAUCCAAUGGCACCACCAAAAACAAUAACUACGAGUACGACCCGCUAAAAGGUUUUAUCAUCCGCAAUGUAUCGCCGAAUGACGAUGGAAAAUACAAUUGUUCAAUCACUAUUCACAAAGGAAAAACAGAGGCAUGGAUGAUUUUUCAUAUCGUUAGUGUUGGUAUCCAAUUAAAGAUAGACAGACAAUUCGAUCCAUUGGAAGGAAAUAACGUGAGUUUGACGUGCGACCCGCAGCAGUUGAAAAAGCGACAACCACCUUUCGACCCGGUCAAAUGGUUUGCUGUUUUUACUGACAAUGGAGAUGGGAAUGAAACAGCUCUGACUCCGACUCUCCCUGUUUUACCAACAGGUGUCUGGAUGGAAUUUGUUGAUGAAACUGGAUCAGCAUUGCCGCAAUUAAGAAUUUUCAACGUAUCGACUAACUUGUCCGGCAUCUAUAAAUGUGGUUUUGUGUUUCAUAGUUUAAACAAUUCUGCUGUCCAUCUGACAUCAGCCGCUCUUUCGCUAAAUGUUUUGAAGAAAAUUGAUUGGCCAGCUCAGCUUACUGAAAAACAACUGCAACAAGUUCUGUCACCUGCCUCACUAACGCCAGAUAAUUAUCGGGUUAUUCCGCUUGGAAAUGAGCUUCGCAUCUCGUGCAAUUUCGGUACUAGAGGUUAUCUACCUUAUUACCAGUGGCAUCGGGAACAAUUUGAAGAUGAUUCUGGCCACAUUUUGGAGAAGAAAAAAGAAAUGUCAUCCAGGAUCACGGUGACUAAGACAAGCAACGCAGAGGAUGGUACCGACAACAUGACGAUAUUUAUAACAAACGUGACAACUGCGGAACAAGGACUAUUUACUUGUCUUUUAAACGGAUUACCGCCCGUGAGCGUUAGCCAAUAUAUUUAUGUGGAUGAUCGUAAAUCAAAAGAAGACGCAAGUAUUAGUUUAAGAAGCACACCAGGCAACGAAUUUUUUAGAGUCCUAGGUCAACAGUCGAUCAUUCCUUGUCGACCUGUGCAUCCCAGCAUAGGCAUGGAUAUUUCUAAACUGGCUAAAAACGGCCAAAGUGACGAGAUCAUAUUGAAUAAUACAUCACCAGACGAUAAUUACCGGUACAAUCCCCAACAAGGAUUCAUUAUCGAAAAGGUGACCGUGGCAGACGAUGGAAUAUACCAAUGUUCACCUUUCGGGCGUCUCGAUCCUUCGAUCAUUUUCUCCAUAACAGUAGUGGGAGUAACGAUCGAAUGUGUGGUUGGCUGUGAAUCUCCUCCGCAAAGAAUAGACGGAUUCCUCACCAGCCAGGUUGACCCAGCAGUGGAAAGCGAGAAGGUGGAGUUGAAUUGCCAAGGGUUCAGGAUCAACGAUUUUUCUGCAGUUUUGGAUUGGUUUGCCAUCUCAGAUGGAGUUCAAGUUAAAAUUGCUGAUUCGAAAAGUUACGCAGGAUUGAAAUUGGGUGUAACCAACACCAAGAACAAAAUUCAAAUGCGGAAGCUAACAAUUUCCAAUGUGAAGAUGAUGAAUGCUUCGACUACUUACAAAUGUCUCAUGACCGGUGGCAAAGAAACUUACUCUGAAUCCAUAGAGUUGAAAGUUUUGCCGAAAAAUCGAGACAAAACGGUUUCCAUCGUAACAUCAGUGACCAUCAUCAUAGGAGUAUUUUUUAUUGCCAUAGCCAUUGCGCUCGUCUAUUUUUACAAGAACGGGGAAAGGAAUUUCAUGAGAUUGGAGAGUCUUCUUCAGGGCGACCCGUCCAGACUGAAUCGGGAUUUGCCGUUGGAAGAACAGGCUGAUUUACUGCCUUACGACAAACGAUGGGAGUUCCCGAGAAAUCGUCUGCGUCUAGGCAAACAGCUGGGAAUCGGCUGUUUCGGUCGUGUACUCCAAGCUGAAGCGGUGGGUAUCAACGACGGAUCGAAUAGAGCAGUAAGUACCGUUGCCGUUAAAAUGGUCAGAUCGCAAACAGAUACAACGGCUCUUGAAGGACUAAUCAGUGAAUUGAAGAUCUUGAUUCAUUUGGGGUCGCAUAUCAACAUCCUCAACUUGUUGGGUGCCUGCACAAAGGCAAUCAAUCGAGGUGAAAUAUUUGUUAUUGUGGAGUACUGCUGCUUUGGUAAUUUGCGUUCGUACUUGAUAAAUCACCGUGAAACAUUUGUCAGUCAAGUUGAUGAAUCUGGUGAAUUGGUUACGAACGUCAUCGAGGAUUGUGCGGAUGAUGCCAUUACUACAAGUAAGCUGGUAUGUUGGGCUUUCCAAAUUUCACGCGGGAUGGACUACCUGGUUAGCAAAAAGGUUUUGCACGGUGACUUGGCUGCUCGGAACAUACUGUUGAGUGAAAACAACGUAGUCAAAGUGGCCGAUUUCGGAUUGUCGCGUUGUCUUUACAAGGACGAAAAUUACACGAAGAAGAGUAAAAGUUUGCUGCCGCUCAAAUGGAUGGCCAUCGAAUCUCUGACGGAUCAAGUAUGGUCUUCCCGGUCGGAUGUCUGGUCUUAUGGCAUCGUUUUGUGGGAGAUUUUCUCACUUGGACAAACCCCAUACCAAGGAUACAGUGAUGAAUUUCAAUUCCUACAAGCUUUGAAGAGUGGGUAUCGCAUGGAGAAACCGGAACAUACGCCAAAUUGCGUGGCAAGUGUGAUGCAAUCAUGCUGGAACGCUGAUCCCAAUCUGCGACCCACUUUCACUCAAAUAGAGGAAAUGCUUGACGCACCACUGGAAUCUUUCGUGACAUCUUUCUACUUGCAACUGAAUGAAGAUUAUCAAAGAUUGAAUGCAGAAAGGCUGACGCUGGAAAAUUUUACGGUGAAACCUGCUGAAGGCUAUGCAGCCAGGCUUCCAUUACGUCCCACUUCCUCGUCGAAUUUUUAUGCCCUAGACCCUGUGGAUCAAUCGAAAAAUAGCGUUCGGUUAAACGUUUCAACUUCGGGCUAUAGCAAUCAAUGUGUUAUCGACGAGGAAACAGAUCCACACCGGCAACCAGAACAAGCUGUUGCUACAGUUUAAUGACUAUUACAGCGACCAGAGUUCACUGCGCCAUUUAAAAAGUCCAAUCGUCAAUCGAAGGUGCCUGUUCAAAUACCCUAAUAUCUUCUGCCAUUACAAUUACCAUUGCGCUAUUUGAGUGUCAAUUUGUGCUUCCUCCAUUGGUCCCGACAUCAAAUUUUGCCAAGUAAGUAGAAAAAAAGCUCUUUGUUUGGAUUCUCUGGAGAGGGAUUGCAACAGCAUGAAAAAAUGUUAGUACGUCGUAUGUUGAUUGUCUUGAUUAACACCGUUUUCUGUUGAUUUGUUGCUGGUGAUUAACGUAAUCGUGGGUCUUGUGGUGUUGCAACGAUAAAUAGGUGUGAUAAGGUAUCAGCAUAUCCUUGUUCAAUCAUCACAUUCUGGGCAAAAGAGCCCUUCUACAGUAAACGCCAUUCUAAUACCA